ACGUCAGCAAAUAUGGCGGCGCACGCAGAAACUGUGGCAGCUCAGUAGUAAACAAGCCCGUGUAUUCCGUUUACAACCAUUUAAUGCGGGUUUCCGGCGGAUUUCUCACAUGUCAGAGCUCCUGCUGAAAUCUGCCGCGUAGACGUGACCAGUCAUUUCACCCGGACACUUCAACUCGGUCCUCCGUGAUGCCAUUUAAUGCAUUUUCCAGCUGGGAACUUUUAUUGGUAACUUUUAAGCAGCCUCGCCGUCUCGUCCCCUCACAGUGAUGGUGACCUCUGACAGCUAAACCGCCUGGUAGCGGACUGGAGGCGUGACCUCUGGGAGCUCAUCAGCUGCGUUCCCUUAUGUCCAGCAGGUACGAUGAGUGCAGCUUGAAGCACAUGAGCAGUCUUAUGGGCACGAGGCAGCAGAAAGCGGCAGAGGAUGGCGAGCGGGGUCUCAUUGGACCUCCAUCUGGGGACGUCCUGCACCAGGACGCCCCCCCCACGCGCUUCGUCUACGUGUUGGCCUUCUUCUCGGCCCUGGGAGGCUUCCUGUUCGGCUACGACACCGGGGUGGUGUCCGGCGCCAUGCUGCUGCUGAAGAGGGAGAUGAGCCUGAGCGCUCUGUGGCAGGAGCUGCUGGUCUCCAGCACCGUGGGCGCUGCAGCCCUCUCUGCCCUGAGCGGAGGCUCCCUCAACGGACGGCUGGGGCGCAGGGUCUGCAUCCUGGUGGCCAGCUGCAUCUUCAGCGUCGGUGGCAUCGUGUUGAGCGUCGCUCCAGACAAGGUGGUGCUGCUCGUGGGCAGGAUCAUAGUUGGUCUGGGCAUAGGCAUUGCCUCCAUGACAGUUCCUGUGUACAUCGCAGAGGUUUCCCCGCCUCACCUGAGAGGUCAGCUGGUCACCAUCAACUCGCUCUUCAUCACCGGGGGCCAGUUCAUUGCCAGUGUGGUGGAUGGAGCUUUCAGCUACCUGAGGCGUGAUGGCUGGAGGUACAUGUUGGGCCUGUCCGUUGUUCCGGCAGUUGUGCAGUUCAUCGGCUUCAUCUUCCUGCCAGAGAGCCCGCGCUGGCUGCUCCAGAAAGGCCGGACUCAGGAGGCCCGUCAGGUCCUCAGCAGGAUCCGUGGAGACCAGAGUAUUGAGGAGGAGUACGACACCAUCAGAACCAGCAUUGAAGAGGAGGCCACAGAAGCAAGUGGAGGAGGCCUUGUUGUUUGGAGGAUCCUCAGCUACGCGCCCACUCGCAGGGCUCUCAUUGUCGGCUGCGGCCUCCAGAUGUUUCAGCAGCUGUCUGGGAUCAACACCGUCAUGUACUACAGCGCCACCAUCCUGCAGAUGGCGGGAGUGCGGGACGUUAAACGGGCCAUCUGGUUGGCUGCCGCCACGUCUGCCACCAACUUCGUGUUCACCUUGGUCGGAGUCUGGCUUGUGGAGCGAGUUGGCCGCAGGAAGCUGACGCUGGGCAGCCUCUUGGGGACCGCUCUGAGUCUGGCUCUGUUGGCGAUCGGGUUCUUGCUCUCUGCACAGAAUUCACCACCCGUCACCCUCCACCCAGUCGAUGCUCAGAACUCCACCUGCAGACUUUAUGGCUCCUGUGAAGGAUGCAUGCUGGAUCCAAACUGUGGGUUCUGUUAUCGUGAAAAUGGCUCCACAUUGUACAACUCCUCCUGUGUUCCUGUUAAUGCCGCGUCCACAGAUCAAGCAGCCUGGGGAAGAUGUUCCAAUCAGACAGAGGCAGCCCACAGCCCAGCGUGGGCCUACAACUACUGUCCCACGUCCUACUCCUGGGUCGUCCUGUUGGGUCUCAUCCUCUAUCUUGCCUUCUUUGCUCCAGGGAUGGGCACCAUGCCGUGGACCGUCAACUCAGAAAUCUACCCGCUUUGGGCACGCAGCACCGGCAACGCCUGCUCAGCCGGAGUCAACUGGAUCUGCAACGUCCUGGUGUCUCUGACCUUCCUUCACGUCGCAGAGUUUCUCACUUACUACGGGGCGUUCUUCUUGUACACGGGGCUGGCGGUGUUGGGUCUCCUCUUUGUGCUGGGCUGCCUCCCAGAGACCCAGGGCCUGCAGCUAGAGGACAUAGAGAACCUGUUCACCGGCCCGCUCUGCUCCUGUGGAGCCUUGUCGCCCAGGGGCCGUCGCCACGUCCACUACAUCCGGAAUGGUUCUGACCCCGGCCCAGAACGCUAUGGAGCCAUGGACUCGGACGGGGCCAUAACCUAUAUAACUGUAAGUACCACAGGCAAAUGCCAAGUUCUGGCUGCAUGUGCCUCAUUAACGUUGUUUUAUAUCCUUGUUCCUGCAGCUCAGAUAACAAUGACCGAUGCUUCUGUUUGCACAUCCCACCUUAUUCUUAUGAUUUGUCAUGUUUGCUUUCAUUUAAAGCAAUGAUUUAGCUUGUUGUGUUACAGUAAGACCCCAAAAAAGGUUUGAGAAGAACUGGUUUUAUUGGGACCAAAUGGAAUGUAGGAAUCCAACAAACGGCUAACGGCAACUUGCACAAAAAACUACUUCUGUUUGUUACAUUUGACAUAUUUUCUGUUUUACUUUUGUGUCAUUUUACAUAAUGUCACUUUCUGUUUGUUGUGAAAACAGUAAGAAUAUUUGUGGGAAUGAGAGGUAAUGACAGACUUUGCCUGUAUGUACAAAAGGCUUAGUUUAGCCUCUGAUGAAUAUAUGAAUGUGUCUGGGGUGUAUAUAUGGAUGUGCUUUAAUGUCUUUUAUGUUCAUUGUGCAUAAAGUUACAAUCCACAUAUUUUUGAUUUUAAAGGGACAAAAAACAAACGUA